AUAUCAUAUUUUCUCCUGGAUUUUGUUCCAUCAGCACUUCCGGGUUCCAAUGUUUACAACUGGCAGCAGCGUUGACACCACAGAGCUCAUGAAAAGCAUCUUUUAUGUUAUUAACAACAUAACUAGUACUAGGAUUCAUAGACUCUGACGCAGGCCUCCAUCAUCGGGAUCAGCUGCUACAAGUGUACGGGUAUAAAGGAAAACUAUGAAGAAGAAAAGCAGAUGUCCUAGGUCAUUCGAGACAUCACAGACACAGAGCAGCAGGACACAGACAACUGGGAGCGUCAGUGAGGAGAAGAGUCCACCUGGAAGGAGACCUCGGAAGACUGUCCCUGUAACCACAGACCCUUUCUACCAGAACACCACUGCAACAGACAAGACUGCUGACUUAGACUGUAGUGUGACAGCAGCUGACGACACACAGAAACAUCCAGAGAGCCAGUCUAGAUCUUCAGCAGGUAGACUGUCAACUACUGUCUGUCGGCUCUGCCAUGGGAAGUUUUCUCCACGAAGCCUGCGGCACGCCUUCAACAAGUGGCCUCAGGACUCCAUUGAUAUCGUUGACAAUGAGUCCGACUCAGCGGCCCAGUCACCCCUUUUAUUCCACACAGACUUCCAGCGACUGGUUGGGGUCCAGUUGGACCGUGACCCCCGAUUAUCAGAGUUUAUCUGCAAGAAAUGCCACUCAAAGUUCUACAAGUGCCAUAGCAUCCUGAUCAGGUUUCUGCAGAGAGUCAACCUCCCACCAGUUGGGAAAGAGAACCUAAAAAGCUGGAAGAAAUGUCCAGAUGCCUCAGUAAACCAUGGCUCAACACCAUUCCAGUCCUUUACCUCAGACCCUAAGUGCCUCCACAGCCUGGUGUCCUGGGCUCACCACCACGGAGAGGCCUGCCGCUCCUGUCCCAACCUGAAGGAUGUGCUGGAGGGCCAGUGCUGGGGCUCCGUGAAGGCCGUUUGGGGUUGCGUCAAUGGUCACAGAUACGUCAUGGAUUCUCAGUGCACAACCGCUACCAACCCAGAGUACCUGGUGAACUUCAGCAGUGGAGCGUUAGGGAGUGGCAAUGGUGAUGGAAUGAUGUCAGAGGAGGAAGAUGAUGAAGAAGAAGAGCAGCCCAGCGGGAAUGGAAGGACCCCAGCGGGAAGUAUAGGUUCUCUGGCUCCUCACAGUCCAUCUGCAGUUCCAGUGCAGACUCCGAGCUCAGCGCUGGCUGACUGGACCAGCAACACUGAAGAUUUUACAGGUCAUGAGGUAGCGUUGUCUCCUGGCCCGGCCCAGCUGGAGGACAGGGCUGCUGACAGCGACCUGUCCGACAGGGUCAUCUCGGAGGAUGACUUUGAGGAGAGUAAAAAAGGAGGGUUAUCAGACGAUGAGCUGUUCGAGCCGUACUCAGACAAGAGAGCUUGCAGGGUGGCCAUCCCCAACAAGAGAAGAAGAAACCCGAAGGCUCUGGAGGAGCCCAAAAUCAAAAAAAAACCUGGACCCAAACCCGGCUGGAAAAACAAGUUCAAACCUAAGGGAGAGGAGCUGCCCAACAUCUACAAGUGUCUGUAUCAGGGCUGUACAGCUGUCUACAGAGCUCCUGAUGGUUUGAAGAAGCACAUCAAGGAGCAUCAUGAGGAGGUGAGAGCGCGACCCUGCCCUCAUCCUGGCUGCAACAAGGUGUUCAUGAUCGACCGCUACCUGCAGCGGCACGUCAAGCUUAUCCACACAGAGGAGAGGAACUACAUUUGUGACCAGUGUGGCCAAACCUUCAAACAGAGGAAACACCUUUCAGUUCACCAGAUGAGACAUUCAGGGGCCAAGCCACUACAAUGUGAGGUGUGUGGCUUCCAGUGUCGCCAGCGAGCGUCGCUCAAAUACCACAUGACCAAACACAAGGCGGAGGCUGACCUGGAGUUUGCGUGCCUGAUGUGCAGGAAGCGGUUCGAGAAGGCCCACAACCUGAACGUCCACAUGUCCAUGGUCCACCCGCUGAUUCAGGCCGAGGUUCAGAAAGGCAGCAGCCACCGGAGUAAUCUGACCUGCACGCCAUCACUCUGACCGGGGAGGAGGUUCAGCAAGACCAGGACACAUAAGGACAGGGAGUCCAGGUCCACGUCUGCUGCACGGGUGCUUAAACUGGGAGUUUCCCAGUUUCUGACAACCUGUACACUAGUUUACAUUUUUUUCAAAUUUAGGUCAUGGACUGGGGUAGGAACCUGCUGUAUGGCAAUACAGAUGUUGAUCUCAGUUCUCUACCAAUAUAUUUAGAUCAGCUUUUGGGUCACAACAACAAAGUCAAACUAUUGUCUUCAACAUCAAGUUUCAUUUUAUUGACCAACCUGCUCAUAAUUACCAUCUCUAAACUAGCUCUUUACAGUUUUCAAGUAUCACUUUCCAUUCCAAACUUAAUCUUUCUUUUCAUUGUCAGGACAAUUAUACCACAAGUUUAGGUUUCAGCUUGUUUUCGGGGAAACAGCAGAAGGAAAGCUCCUUCACAUGGUAUCACUGACAAAUCUCUGGAGGGUCACAUGUGGGGCGUUUUGUUCCCACACAGAUUGGGACUUAAUAAAAAUAACCACUGGUAUACUAGCAGUUGGCGUAUCGGUUUACAGCGCAGCCAAAUAAAGUAACAAUACAGUUUUAUAUGAUAGCUGAAGUACGCAGUAGCAGCCACAGGUUAACAACUGCGUAACCUACAUGCAUUCAAUUCUAAGUCCUAUAAUGUAAUAUUCUUGUUACCUUCAUAUAUGUGAAGCACUCGUAUGUGCUGUGUUACUGCCUCACAGUGCAAAUAGUUGUGCAGAAUGAUUUCCAAGAACAUUCAGUUCAAUUGUAUUAGGUCACUGUUUUUUAUUAAGUUAUUACAAUGCUAAGUACUUUUAAGAGUGUAAAUCUGUAUUGUAAAAAGGGCUUCAGAUGAACGUGUAUAAUAAAGUCCUGUGUGCAUUAUGUAUAAAAAGACAAAUAAAAUGUUGGUAAAACUGGUAAGAUCUAAACAGUGUUUAAUAAAUAUGACAGAG